AUCCAUAUGAGAAAUUGUAGCUUUCCUCGGGAAGCAAAUACUAUAUACGAUGACAAUUAAACAGUGAAAGAGGGGCUGUAUUUUCAACAUAGAAGGGUAGAGCGGCAGCACUCAAAGAUUGAGAGUUCAUAUUUCAGAAGGCAAGAAAGUGCUUCUCAGUGAGGAGACAAAGACAGAGACAGCUGACGAAUAGGAGAUUGUAUAUAGAUAUAGAUAUAGAUAUCAGAUUCUUCCUUCUAAAACCUCUAGCAAGUUGCUCGUUCAAUUCCUGGUGAAAUUUAUUAACGGCCCGGGGGCUCAAAUUCUCACUUCCCAAAACAAGAAGGAAAAUCCUUGAAGUUUCGCAAAGAUGCGGAGCAUGACAAGCUCCACCUCCAGUAAAGGCAUCGCAGCCAUUGUAGGCGUUGGACCGAAGCUCGGCCGAUCCAUUGCCCGCAAGUUUGCCCAUGAAGGUUACACUGUUGCCAUCCUUGCCCGGGACUUAGGGAGGUUAUCAAGAUUUGCAGAUGAGAUAGCAAGGGAGGAGAAAGCUCAAGUUUUUGCCAUCAGGAUAGACUGCUCGGAUUCAAGAAGUGUGAGAGAGGCAUUUGAGGGUGUUCUUUCACUUGGCUUUGUAGAAGUACUCGUCUACAAUGCCUAUCAACCAGCAGUCUCUCCACAACCCACCAAGUUCACCGAUAUUUGCAUCGACUCUUUCGUGAAGUCCCUCGCAAUCUCCUCCGUCGGUGCCUUCCUUUGCGCCCAACAGGUUCUUCCAGGCAUGGUAGAGAGAGGGAGAGGGACAAUUCUUUUCACCGGCUGUUCAGGUUCUUUAAAUGGCUUUGCUUGUUUAUCUGAACAGUGUUGUGGAAAGUUUGCCUUAAGAGCUCUAUCACAAUGCUUAGCCAGGGAGUUCCAGUCUCAAGGUGUGCACGUUGCACAUGUUAUCAUCGAUGGUGUGAUUGGCCCACCUACACCUAGGAAAAUUGGCAAUCGUAGGGGACCACCAAGCUCUCAGAGAACGUCAGCUGGGGAACAACAGCAACAGCAGCAACAUGGUAUGGCCGGUGGAGGUGGAGAGAUGAUGAUGGACCCAGACUCGCUGGCUCAAACCUACUGGCAUUUGCAUGUUCAAGGCCGGACUGCUUGGACCCAGGAGAUCGACCUCCGUCCCUCUAACUCCAUCAACCCCAGAUCCUGUUAGUCCCAAAGCUACGUGAACACGUCUUUCCCUUCCAUCAUUCACUCACCUUAUCAUCACUAUCACAAUCAUGAUCUAUUAAUUUCUAUGACGAGCAACACUAAAUUUCUCUCAUUAUGUAUGGUUGUCAUUGUUAUUUUGAGUUCUUGUAGCUCUUAUACCCCAGGCUACACUGUUUUAUUCCGU